GAGUCUCGGAUCUCAGGGGCGAGGAAACGAGCGACUUUUGCGCGGGUUUAACGGAUCUAUCAACCGUGCUGUCCAGUGCUGUCACACGACAUCGGGAGAGAGUUACGACACGAAAAGUUCCAACGACCGAGGACGGAAGGAGAGAAAGAGCGUGUUGUCAAAAAGCCGAAAAAACAGCGAUUCGCGAUCAGUUCAGAUCGGUCGCGCGGGUAUCCAGGUAAAACGCGACUCGCCCGCGUUUCUCGACGAAGAGGACGCUUAAAACGUUUGACUUACGUGACGUAAGAGAGAGCAUCACGAAAAGUCUCACGGAACGGAUACUCGUAUGUGUCCGUUAACGUCGCCGGGAUCGGAACGGGUUCCCGCCGAACCUCGCGAACGAACUCGUUUUCCGUAAUCCAGAGAAAAAGAGAAAAGGAAUAUCACGGAAAAGAGGAAAAAGGAAGAAGAGUGAGAGUGGCGGCCGGGUGGAGGGAGGAGGCACGGCAAAGUUGGAUCCGCUGAAUUCGUUCACCUAACCCAAAUCGCGCGCGAUCGGUGUGACCGGGCGAGGAGGCGCUGGCCCGGACUUUUAUCGUCGGGCCUUAUCGAUGCUGCGCGAGAACCGAUCGACCGCGAGUGCAUCGAUUCUCAGCGCCGGCCGUGAGAUCAUCGUGCAAACAUUAUGACGGAUACUCGCCCUUGCCGCGACACGAAGGAUCCGUCCCGUCUUCCCCGCGCUCUGCCGCUGGUGCCGUGCGAACACGGCCAGGGUGUCGCCGUGGAGGAUGCGUGAAUGCGAGACGAGAGGCAUCGGUGCGUAGAAAGAAAAAAAGGAGGAAAGAGACCGCGCGCGCGCGAAGCCUGCGCGUCGAAUCCGGACAUUAGAUUUGCCGUGAUUUUGCCCAAGUGUCGGCCGCCCCCAACCAACCAUGAAGAAGCAGUUUUUCCGGGUGAAACAGCUCGCGGACCAAACCUUCUCCAGAGCUGGUAGAACAGAAGUGUUGACAGAUGACUUGGUGGCUGCCGAUAAGCAUGUUGAACAGAUUAGAGCAGCUCUCACUGGUCUCAGCAAGAGACUGGGAAAUCCACCGAAUCAAACCAUCACCCAAGAUCCAGCUCUUAAGGAGAAACGUUUGAAAAAAUGUCCCGAGUACAUACUUGGGCAAACCAUGUUAGAGAAUGCCGGUGAGGAUGGCCUCAUGAGUUUCGCAUUGGUAGAAUGUGGACGAGUGCAGAUGUCAUUGGCUAACGAGGCCAUGGAACAUGAGGCUAAAGUUGAGCAAUAUGUAGCUGCCCCUCUGCAACAUAUUUUAGACACUGAUGUACCAAAUAUAUUGAAGCAUAAGAGAAAUCUAGCGCGUCUCAUUUUGGAUAUGGACAGUGCAAGAACGCGAUACUUUCAAGCGAGUAAACACAGUGCUGGUACAGCAACAAAGAUAGAUAAUUUGAGAGAGGAAUUAGAAGAUGCCGAAUCCAAAGUUGAGCAAUGUCGAGAUCAAUUGGCCGCGGAGAUGUUCCAGCUCAUGUCACGGGAAACUGAAUUGGCUCAGACGAUUAUUCAAUACAUAAAACUUCAGCGAGCAUAUCAUGAAAGCGCCUUGCAUUGCCUUGAAGAUCUUAUACCUGGAUUGGAGAGUUAUAUCAAUGAUAACGAAAUGAAACCAGUCUAUGGAUAUCCUCUUGAGGAACAUCUUAGAGUAACAAACAGAAAAAUUGCACUGCCCAUACAAUUGUGUGUAUCCGCGCUGCUACGUCUGGGUAUAGAGGAGGAGGGUCUCUUCAGAAUAGCCGGUGCUGCCUCGAAAUCACGGCGAAUUAAAUUAAGUCUGGACGCUUGCUGUCUCACUUUGUCGACAGCCCUUGAAUACAAAGAUCCACAUGUUAUUGCCGGCGCAUUAAAAUCAUACUUACGAGAAUUGCCGGAGCCGCUACUGACGUACAAAUUGUAUCCUGAAUGGAUGGCUGCUGCAAAAAUCUCGCACAGUGACAUGAGAUUACGUGCUCUCUGGGAAGUAUUAUAUAAGUUACCACCGGCGAAUCUGGAAAACUUGCGAUUUUUAAUUAAAUUUCUAGCUGUGCUUACGAAGAAUCAAGAUGUAAAUAAAAUGACACCGCAAAAUAUCGCUAUCGUCAUUGCGCCAAAUUUAAUUUGGAGUCCGCAAGAGGAUACAAAUACAAUAGUGAUGAACAUGAGUACAGCGAACAACUCUAGUCUUAUAGUAGACCAAUUAAUUACGUACGCGGAUUGGUUCUUCCCUGGUGAGGUAGAUUUUGAUCGCGAUCUAGAUAUCGGCAUCGUAAAUGAUACGGAACAUCAAACUAUUGGCAUGCGUCGCUGUGUGUCCAAUAGUAGUCUCAGCGAUCAUGGUGAAAGUCCAACGCAAGGUAGCCCAAAACCAGCGGCGCGUCGGAAGAAUAAGCCGGCGCCAACACCGCCGAGCGGCAACACUCCAGACAGGCAUGACAAACCGCCACCACCGACACCGGACAAACCACCAAGAGCAUUGACAUCUACCCUGAAUCGAUCAACGUACAAAAGCCAAAAGCACGAGGUGACUACUGAAUUAAUACGACACGAAAGCAACAUGGAGAAGCACGAGAAACAUACGGAAACUGAUGCGAAGUCGCAGUCAGUUUCGGAAUUAAUUUCGACGGAUGUUCAUUCCGCUGAUAAUUCUGAACGAUUGCAUCAAACUGUCGCUCAUCAAAGUGAAGUUUUCAAUUACAAUGAAGUGGACAAGAGUGCCCAAGAACUGCCCAAAUAUGAUAUAAAAGUAAAUGUAUCAAAUGCAAAAGAGAAAGCAAAUGAGAACUCCUAUGAUAAUCCAAGUGUUGCUAAAAUAAUUACGGAAAUCGAACACAAUGAAACUGCAGUGCAGAGACCAAAACCAGUGCCUACAGAAAAGCCAUCCACGUUAGAAAGAAGAAGGCCGAUUGCAGCACCGAGAAAUAUAACGAAUAUUACACAUAACACAACAGAAGAUGGAGUCGAGUUACGUAAAAAGCCAGAUAGUACUAUUACGAAUACGCAUAUAUCUCUGAGUGAUAGAAGUAGCAAACCGGCGAUACCCGAACGUCCGCCCGGUUUAAUUCGUCCAUCGAGCCUCAUCAGACAACAGCCGCGUUCCACCAAUGAGAACCAAGAAACCGAUCCGGGGCCUUUAAUGCUGGAACGGGCUCAUGUAUAUUCCGUGGACAAACAGCAGGUCAGUAUAAUACAAGUGCGUGGGGGGAACAACGCCAUCCCAGGAGAGAGCACUGGCAACACGGCAACUUCGAACUUGCAGAGAAGCCCAAGUGUGGGUAGUAGGCCAUCGUCCAUGUCACUAUAUGGCACUGAACGUCCAGAGAAACUCGAGAGGCCGGAUGUGCCUCACGAGCAAGCGAAGGCGCACGCGCGAACCAGAUCGGAAGGUAACAUUAUAGACGUCCAAACACAGACCAACACAGUAGUGACGGUUCUCAAGUCACCGCAACAGAAGCCGGCCUCGCCGAGGGUUCACCAGCGACCGCCGAGGCCGCAACCGCCGCCACCACCGCCGCCUACCGUACGGCCUAAAUCAGAGCAAGAGAGCACCAAUCUCUAGCAGAGCACGAUACGAAACCAGAGGCAAUCUCGAGGCGAUCUUGAGAAAACUCUCAAAGAUUCGCUGGUGUUUUAUCACAGUCGAGAACGAAGUUCUACACAUGACAAUAUGUCAUCAAUGAAAUCUGUUAAGUGGCCAAGUAUUCGAAAAAAUUAAUAUCCUCGAACGAAAAGACAUCGUGAUUGUAUUUAUAUAGAGAAACAACCAUCGACGUUUGUUCGUCGGUGAUUGAUAAAAACGAGGCGAGUAUAUAUAUAUAUAUAUAUAUUCAUAGGUUUGAUAUAAUAUUCGGACACAAAGUCACUCUAUUUUUUCCGUGAUCUCCCUAUUUAUACUUCUUACUAUAUUUAAACGGAUAAUCCUUAGAAAAAACAUUCUGACGAUUGCCAUUGUACGUAAACAACAGAAGGAUCCCAAAUAUGCAUUUGGAUGUUUUGCAUUUGGCAGCUGUUAGCACGCCGCGCGCAUAUGUGUAUAUGUGUCGCAUCUCCAAACCACAUUUUACAUAUCUAAUUUCAUAAUCGAUCAUGAUAUUUUUGCAGCUUACUAUCGACUUUUAUACUUAUUGCGAAUAAGAAACGAAUUCUACGAGUAAGAACACUUCGCGUUUCAACUGUAAGCAUCCAAGCGCACAAACCUUAGUGUACUAAACGUACAUGAUUUACAGAAUUGACUUUAACCUGCGAAAUGUUAAAUGACAACGUCUGCGCUUACGAACUUUCGAUACGUCCAUAGAAAAAAACGAAAAAUUAAUGUAUGAGAUCGACCGACAUGAUCAAUAUGUUGGAACUGAUUCAAUGGGUGAUAUUUAUUAGUGAAGAUUGUUUGUUAAUAUCGUUGAAUGUAUGAAAUGUCAGAAGAAAUGAACGUAUCCGCACUUUAUAUUUGACCGAUUUGAUGUACGACUCUGAAUUAUUGUUAAUACCUAAGAUUAAAAAGAAUUUUUAAUAUGGUUAAAUAUUAAUUUUUACAUGUUCAAAUCACGGAAUAGCUCUAUGCAAGGAAUUCGUGAUCCUGAAUUAUCAGAUAAGGAUAAUCGCGCCGGAAAGCUGCGUCAUAUAUUCAAAGAAAAAAAGAAGACUUCAGCCAUGUAUAAUUAUCUCAUCAUAUGAAAUUAGAAUUAUGUUUCAUUUCACUCUUGGUCAAAGAAUUUUUAUGUGUGUGUGU